GUUUUCGUAUAGUUUGAAUUUUGAUUAACUUGAGUCUGGACCAGUGUGCUAUGGAAGCUCCGACUUUAACAAUAGCACAAAUUUGCAUCGACAUUUUUAUCCUCAUAAUCGUCGGUUCUCCUAUUGUUUUAAUCCGAAAAAUGGGUAAAAUCCACGAGAGGGGAUUUUUCUGCAACGAUGAAACUAUCAUGCAUCCAAUACCACAACAAUCAACAAUUAAUAAUAAAUAUUUUCAUUUAGUWGGAAACCURCUUGCCGUUUUUAUCAUUAUUUCAGUCGAAUUAAUAAAGCGCCAAGAGAGGGUGAAAUUCUGGUCACACCUCUACCAAAUUCUCCUCUCUUUUAUUUUAGGUCUUUUGGCCACAAUUUUGCUCACUACCAUUUUCAAGGGCUCAAUUGGGCGUCUCCGCCCUUAUUUUUUCAACUCCUGUCUCCCAAACAUCAAUUGUUCGUUGCCCCAAAACCACCACAUUUACCACACUGUCUUUAUUUGUACCAACGAAAAUUAUAAGAAAAACAGCCGACUGUCUUUCCCAUCAGGGCAUUCGAGUUACGCAAUGUUUUGUGGCCUUUUUCUCGCAAUUUAUUUACACAAAAGGAUCAAAAAAUACAAGUUGGUCACAAGUGGCCUUCAAAUUGCCUUAUUCGGGCUUGUUUUUUACACAGGGUGUACCAGAAUUUUUGAAUAUCAUCAUCAUUGGAGUGACGUUGUUGCCGGUUUCCUCAUAGGGGCCGUUUGUGCCAUUUUUGUAACUCUCAAUUUGUUCAAAACGCUUGAUUUGGAAAAAACUAGUUUUGAGUUUGAAUGUGGCGCCAUGUAAACUAGUAGUUCCAAUGUUAAUCUUGUCCUUUUACCAAUCUUUAAACAUUGUUACAAUGUACAAAUAACUAACACAAUAAUAAAAUAUGUAAUUUGUUUUGUUACAAUAAUAAAAAAUUAUAAAC